AUGACUCCAGGAGUAGACUUCAGCCCUAUUACACUGAAUUCUUUUAUUGAUAAAUUUGAUGAAACCAUUGAAGAAAUUACAGUGUUUGGAUUUUAUGCUUUUUUUUCAGGUGUCUUCAGUCAAGGAGUUCAGAUUGACUGUGGUGAGUUCCAGGACCUCAAGGUCCACUGCACUCGAGAAUCUAAUCCCCACUGUGGUUCUGAUGGCCGGACAUAUGGCAAUAAAUGUACCUUCUGUAAGGCAGUGGUGAAAAGUGGUGGGAAGCUCUACCUAAAGCACCAUGGAAAAUGCUGA